AUGAAUAAAAAUUCUGUGGCUAUUGUAGCUAUCAGAGAUAGACAUUCAUUUGCUGAAGAAGAUAUUCAUGUGGAUAAUGUGCAACAUGAGAGCUCAACACAAAACCAGUCUAAUGCAGCACAAUCUGCCGAUGUUACUAGGAAAAUAAAGAAGUCGCCAAUGACUUCAACAGCUUUGGAAUAUUCGUGUCGGUCAAGACAUCGAACUGCAACAGGUGUAGGUGCAUUUGCUCUCUUCGCAACCCUAACAAUGACUGCAAGCAUUAUAAUAGUUUGUCUGACUUCACCGAAAGCAAAAGUUCAACCGUGUGAACUGAAAUUUAUACAAACUCCUCAAAACCCAGUGGAAUAUAGUUUUGGUCCUCGAUCUGUUGCCGUUGGCAAUUUCAACGAUGACGAAUUGUUAGAUAUUGUUGUUGCCAAUAGUAUGGUUAAUAGUAUAUCUGUAUUCCUUGGAUUUAAUAAUGAUGCUUUUGCAAGCAACAUGACGUAUUCGACUGGUUUAUAUUCUGCUCCAUACAUGGUGGCGAUUGGUGAUCUCAACAAUGAUCAUCACACGGAUAUUGCUGUCGCAUAUUUCGGUACCAAUAGCAUCGGUAUAUUUCUUGGAUUCGGAAACGGUUCUUUUAUUAAUACAACAGUAAUCUCAACUGGUUCAUCCCGUCCAAUUUGGAUACAUAUAGCUGAUCUCAAUAAUGACACAUCACUCGAUAUCGUUACAGCUAAUUAUGGAACUGAUAGUAUUAGCAUAUUUUAUGGAUCUGGAGAUGGACGUUUUGCAUAUCCGAUGACAAUUUCAACCGGCUAUGAUUCUUCGCCAUUCUCGGUCAUCAGUGCAGAUUUUAACAAUGAUAAUCAAUUAGAUCUUGCUAUUGCCAAUUAUGGUACAAAUAAUAUAGCUAUAUUUAUUGCAAAUGGCAGCAGAACCUUUUUACAUCAACAAGUAUUUUCUACUGGAAUUGAUUCACAUCCAUAUUCACUCAUCGUUGCUGAUUUUAAUUAUGACAGUCUAUUAGAUAUUGCUGUCGCUAAUUACGGAGCUAACAAUGUGGGCGUACUUCUGGGUAGCACCACCGGCAUUUUCACCAGUCAAACAAUGUAUUCGCUUAAUACUUCUUCACCAUAUUCUAUUGGCCUUGGAGAUUUCAAUAAAGACAACCGAGUUGACUUAGUCGUCAGUAAUAAAGGUACUAAUAACAUAGGUGUAUUAUUGGGACUUGGUAAUGGCAGUUUUUCUGAACCAACAAUGAGCUCAGCUGGUUCUUCUUCUUCAAUCUCGCUUGUUGUAGCUGAUUUCAAUAAAGACAAUCUAUUUGAUGUCAUUACCAUAAGCAAUGAUACUGGCAGUAUAGGUAUUCUUUUUGGCUAUGAUGAAGGCUUUGAACCACAAACUACGUAUUCAACUGGCUCUUGGCCACAAUCUGUAGCUGUUGGUGAUUUCAACAAUGAUACUCGACUGGAUAUCGUCGUUGCCAAUAGGGAUAGCGACACUGUAAGUGUACUUCUCGGAUAUGGCAAUGGUUUAUUUGCAAAUCAAACUACGUAUCCGACUGACUCUUAUCCACAAUCUAUAGCUGUUGGUGAUUUUGACAACGACACACGAUUGGAUAUCGUCGUUGCUAAUAAUGGUGACAACACUGUCAGUGUACUUCUCGGAUAUGGUAAUGGUUCUUUUGCAAAUCAAAAUAUAUAUUCAACUGGCACUCAUCCAACUUCUGUAGCUGUUGGUGAUUUUAACAAUGACACUCGACUGGAUAUCGUUAUUGCUAAUUAUAAUGACGACAAUGUAAGUGUACUUCUCGGAUAUGGUGAUGGUUCUUUUGCAAAUCAAACUA